AUGAUAUCCGAUGAGAGUUAUUAUCAAAAUGAUGAAGACCCAUUGUUUAAGAAUGGGGAAAAAAGUCGAAACUCGAUACCACAGGUUGACACGAGGCCAACAUUUCGUGAAUCUAAUGGUGUGUCUAGUGAACGAUUGGUAGAAUAUCCACCUAUUGAGGUUAUGACAACAUGUGAUUUGCUAUUAAAAGUUGCUAAUACUGAGUUGAAAGUAGCUUCUGGUAUGGCAUGGUCAACCUCAGAAACGGUUAUACAUUCAAAACCAGUAAAUGAAAGUUAUGUUAAAGUUCAGGUUGAUGAGAUCAUAGAAAUAUAG